AUGACGGUCACAUCUACUGGACGACAAGUGACGGCAGGAAACCCAGCGAUAGCAAGACCCUUCGCCAUUAUGCAGCUUGUUGGCGGCGCACUGCUUCUCAUCACGCUCGUCACUGCCAUACUUGCUAAGGAUGUCAAGCGGAAUCUUAGCUGGAUCAGCUUCUGCUCCGCUAGUAUUAUAUCGUGUGUCGCCUACGACUUGCUCUUUUUCGUUGGACAACAAACUGGCCCGUCGCCCGACCGUGGGCUGUGUCUCGUCCAAAGUGCACUGGUACACGCAGUCCCAGUGAUGCAAGCUGGGGUGAACUUGGCCUUGAUCGCUCAUACCUGGACCUCCGUCCGCGCCGCUGUUUAUCAGAAGAAUAGGGUUUCCCGCUGUAAUCUAUUCAUUUUGUUCGUCGCAUUCCCGUAUAUCCUAACGAUAGCACUCUUCCUCGGCUUCCUAGUGUUUGCCAUCCAACAUCCGCAAACAGUCGAACGGGACAACAUGGGCGUUUAUUGCAAGAUUGUAUUUGACGGCGUACCUUCGAAAAUCACUGCAGGAAUUUCUGCGGUGUUGAUGCUUGUGUCCGUUAUAUUCGAAGUAAUCGUUGCAAGAAUGCUAAUACGACACUGGAAGUUGCUUUGCCACAGUGGGAUGCCCCGCUCGUUUGUCAUCCGUGUACUGGUUUUCAGCGCCGUCGGGGGCUUGGUACUGGUCCUGACGAUGGUCUAUGUAGUAUCAGAUGGCGGCGGCACGGGCGCCGAUUUCAUUAUGGCAUCUCUGCCUCUAAUAUCAAGCUUAGUAUUUGGGACACAGGAGGACCUAAUACGUGCGUGGAUGUUCUGGAGGCCACCUAGACCUAUGGCAGUGAAGCCCAUCCGGGCACGAAACGACAGUGAAGGAACGUUAGAGUGA